AUGAUUGAUAUAAUUGAUGAUUUUGACAACGCAGUGAAAAUAUUUGAUUGGAAUAAAAAACUUUUAUCAUUAGUUGGAUUGUGGCCAUUAAAACAAAAUAUUAUAUUAUACAUAAUAGUAUUUAUUUAUUGGUCAAUUCUUAUGAUACUUGAAUAUAUAGAUUUUUAUUUAUUCAUCAAUAAUCUCGAGCACGUUAUUGAAAAUUUAUCUGAAAGUAUAUCAUUUAUCCAGGCAUUUUUUCAUUUAAUAAUGUUAAAAAAAUAUAAUAAAAAAUUGAAAUCAUUACCAUAUCGUUUUCAUAUAUUUUAUGAAAUAAAUAAUACAAAAAUUUAUGCAAUAAUAUAUGCUGCAUUUUUACCAGUGAUGUUUGUUUGCGGUGUUGGACAAGUUGCAGCUGAUUGUAUUCUUGUUACAAUGACAUUCAAUGUUUGUGGUAAUUUAGCUGUUUUGGCACUGAGAAUAACAUCAAUUGAUACCAAUUCAAUUGAUGCUAAAAAAAUAUUUAAACAAGUUGUUAUUGAACACAGUAGAUUGCUUAAAUUGGGCAAAAAUGUUUCUGAUGUUUUUAGUGAAAUAUGUUUAAUGCAUUUGGCUUCUGCAACUACACUUAUUUGUAUAAUUCUUUAUCAAAUUUUAUUAACAUUUGAAAAAGGAAAUAAAGAAGAAUUGGCACCAAUGAUUGUGUACAUUAUGUUAAUUUUAGUAAUUUUAUAUGCACAUUGUAUUGUUGGAGAGGCUCUACUUAAUGAGAGUGAAAGAGUUUGUGAAGCUUAUUAUAAUUGUGAGUGGUAUAAUAUGCCAACAGAUGCAAUUAAAGGAUUUAUAUUAACAAUUGCCCAAUCACAAAGACCAAUAUCAUUGACUUGCGCAUCUUUUCCAGUUAUAAUUAUUGGUGGUUUGGCUCCAGCUGCAACUGAUUUUUUACUAAUAACAAUUGUUUAUUAUUGUUAUUCAUAUGGCCAAAAAACUGAAAUUGUGUCAUACAUUUCCUAUAUUUUAGUUAUUUUCAUGGCUCUUUAUAUUCAUUGUGUGGUCGGUGAAAGUUUGGUUACUGAAAGUAAAACAAUUUGUGAAGCAUAUUAUUGUUGUGAUUGGUACAAUAUGACAAAUGGAAUUCAAAAAGAUUGUACUUUAGGUAUUUUAAGAUCACAAAAAGUACUCUCAUGUUCUCCAGUUAUGAUUGUUGCUGGUUUAUAUCCAGUUGCAACCGAUGUUUUACUUAUUACAAUUGUUUAUUAUAUAAGCAGUAAAUUAUCAGUAUUAUCAUUAAAAAUAGCAAAUAUUAAUUCAAAUUCCAUUAAUUUACAUGAUAAUAUAAAAGAAAUUACAAUUGAACAUAAAAAAUUAAUACAAAUGGGGAAAAAAACACGAAAAGUAUUUAGUGAAAUAUUGUUGUUUCAUUUUAUUGGUUCGACAACACUUAUUUGUUUAGUUGGAUAUGAAAUUAUAACGAGUUAUGCAUCUGGUCAAAAAACUGGUAUAGCAACAUAUAUUUUCUAUAUUUUAUUUGUUUUUCUGGCUCUUUAUGUUCACUGUGUUGUGGGUGAGAGCCUUGUUACUGAAAGUAACAAAAUUUGUGAAGCAUAUUACAAUUGUAACUGGUACAAUAUGCCAAAUAACAUUCAAAAAUAUUGUAUUUUAGGCAUUUUAAGAUCACAAAAAAUGUUAUGUUUAACAUUUGGAAAAUUUGGUAUUUUUAAUUUACGUACUAUGACAAAGGUUGUUAAAACUUCCAUGGGUUAUUUGUCAGUUCUUCGAUCGUUUAUAAACAUUGAAUAG